AUGCAAGAUUAUAAUGAGAUUGAUACUAAAGCCCUUAUCUAUGCAAAAAGAUGUGAAGGACAAUGCUUGGCUAAAGUUAGAUCAAACCCUAAUAUUUAUUUAUGGGUUUAUAAAAAUCAGCAUCGAUGGGAAGCAUCCUAUAGAGAUAUGAAACGAAAUUAUAGGUGGUGCAAUAGUUGUCCUUAUAUAUUUGAAAGAUCAUGUCGAUAUAUAUUCGAAGAAUUAUUACAUAAAAAAUUCCCACCUCGAAAACCUAAAUUUUUAGAAGGCUUACAACUUGAUGGAUAUAAUGAGGAAUUAUAUUUGGCCUUCGAAUACAGUAGCAAUCAGCAUUAUCAAAUCGUUCCUUUUUUCCAUCCACAAGGACAAAUUAAUUUAGAUGCACGAAUUCAACGUGAUUGGGAGAAGAGAGCACUCUGUUUAAAGAAAGCUGGAUCUGCAAAGAUUUUCUCACCUUCUAAUGAUUUUUUUACAGCUUCAUUGGGUGAUAUGUGUAUUAACUUCGUAGAGGAAUCAUUAUAUUUAUCAUUAUUAAUGUGA